CGCUCCGUCUCCGUGCCCACUGCCAUUUAUGCCACCACCUCGCUCGCCGACGAGCCGGCCAUCGCCAGAAGCGGUCGUAGUCAUCAACGCGCACACAGCUGCACCGCAAAGAGCCAAAGACACCUGCCAUGGUGAGAGCAAGGGGCUUGUUCUGCCUCGUGUCGCCGGUCCGCGGCGACCCCGCCGACCGCCGCAGCAGCGCCGCGUGCAUAUGCUGCGUGGGCCCUCACCACAAGCCGUCGUCCGGCGCUCCCGACGCCGACCUGAGCGCGAGGCUGCCGCUCACCGGGUGCUGCGGCGCGGACGUCCGCGGCCGGAGCAGCGCCGCGCGCACCCCGAGGACGCCGUGCACGCCCACCGCCAGGCGCCUCUGCGGCGUCCGCCCUCGCACGCCGCGCCGCGGGCAGGUCUGCUGCUUCCCUGCCGCCACCGUCGAGCCGGCAGGACCGGAGGCCGCCGCCGCCGUCGCGAGGACGCCGCGAACCCCUACCACGCAGGCGCAGCAGGGCCCGGGCUGGCGGCGCCGUUGGUUGUUCCGCUCCGCUCGCCAGGCGGCGGCGCAGAUGACGCCGCGCUUUCGGGGCGCCGGCCGCGACAGCGCCCACGCUGGCAACAACAACACAAGUGCCUACGACGCGCGCCUCCCGGAGGCGGAGGCGGAGACGGAGACGUGCUCCAACGACGAGUAUGCGCUGCUCUGCAGGGAGGGCUUCUCCCGGGAGGACGUGGCCGCGGUCACCAUCCAGGCCUACUUCCGAGGCCACCUGGCGCGGCGGGCGUUCAUGGCGCUCAAGAGCCUGGUGAGGCUUCAGGCGGUGGCGCGGGGCGCGUUCGUGCGGCGCCAGGCGGAGGUGGCCAUGCAAUGCAUGCAGGCGAUGGCGCGGCUGCAUGGGCGCGUGCGCGCCCGGCGGAUGCUGACCACCAAACCCGAGGCCGAGCAGCUGUUGCAGAGCUGACCGGAGGCUGCAUUCUCGAUCGGCAAAGAAGAGUCCACCGCACGAAUAAGGUGAACGUGCUGUUUGUGAGAGGCAUUUGUUCUUUUGACUGAUGAACUUUGCCAGGGCCUCACGACUGUAAUGUCCCUGUAAUUCGCCUUCAUUUCUUUCUCUCUUUUUGGCUGUGCUGUGGCAAUAUGUAACUGUUGCAUUUUGUAAGCGUUGGUUUGAUUUGAGACUUUCGAAUUUUGAUCAUGGAAAACAGAAAGAUAAAAAAUUAUCAAGGCAAUUCUAGGAAA